CUCGGUCCCUCUUCCUCUCUCGCUCUUUCUAACAAAUACUCUCUGUCUGUCAAUGGACGCGCGCGUGCGCGCGCUUUAGCGAGAGUCUCGAGGAGGCGAAGAGCGCGCGCUUCGUUCCGCCGUCGGAAAACCGCUCGGCACUCAUCGUCGUCGUCGCCGUCGUCGUUGUCGUCGGCGGCGGCGGCGGCGGCGGCGGCGGCGGCGGCGGUAGCGGCUGUGUGCUGGCGGUAACGGUGGUGGUGGUGGUGGUGGUGGCGGCGGUGGUGGUAGUGAUGAAAGUGGUGGUGGUGGUGGUGGUGGUGGUGGUGGUGGUGGAGGUACGACAACACCACGAGGGAUAUGGCAGAAGAGAGGGGGAGCUUACGAGGGGGGAGGCAACGACACUAUGACGGCGGCAACCUCAAACUGGCACGUUUCCUCUGUCAAAAGUUUGAGGACGUUUCACGCGAACGCCUUCGAAGGACCGAACAGACACGUAGCCCGAACGACACUUUGGAUUCGGCUCCUCGUGAGCGCGCGAUGCCAUUAACAGAACUGCGCGUGGAUCAUCAAAAGACGUUAAUAAUGGCAUUUGACAAAUCUAAAAAUAGAGAACGGUUCCCUCAAGUAUUAGGUACGAUUUUUUCUAGGACAACUAGGCAGCUUAUUUUAUCUACUGGAAUACCUUUUUUGGAUCACAAAAUAGGUGACGGUGUACCUGUUGGAUCAAUAUUUUUAAUUGAGCAAGAUACUUAUGGAACUUAUGCUAAUAUAAUACAAAAGUAUUUUAUAGCUGAAGGAAUAGUUAUCGGUAAUGCUUUCUUAAUAGCUUCUCUAGAUACAAAACCUUCUGUUUUGCUUUCGGAAAUACCAAAUCCAAUAAACUCAACAAAUGAAUAUAAAUUACAACCGUCGGAUGAAAAAUUGAAAGUUGCAUGGAGAUAUAAGAAAUUAACUUUAUCUGAUUUAUAUGGAACAUUUGGACAUCAGUAUGAUCUUAGAAUAUCAAUGAAUAAGCAAGUUAUUGAUAAGGCAAAAAUAACACAAUGGGAUGGACCUACAGAAAAGAAUAUAAAAAGUUAUAUUUUUGAAAAUCCUGCUUAUGAAGAUCUAUUAGAAACUAUUGCUAAAACUUUAAAGAAUGGAAUGUUUAUCCAUUCCGAUGAGCUAAAUAAAACCAAUAUGUUGAGGAUUUGUAUCAGUUCUUUGGGUUCUCGAAUGUGGUUUUCUGAUUCCGAAGAGAGCACACGUGCAGACAUAUUUAAAUUUCUAUAUUGCUUGAGAGCUCUAUUAAAAAGUUCUUAUGCCACUGCAAUUAUAAGUAUUCCAAUUCAGAAUUUUGACAAUAAUGUAAAUUUCGUGGAAAGACUUGAGCACUUAUCGGAUAUUACUAUUAAAUUAGAAUCUUUUAGUGGUUCUGCGAAAGAAAUAAAUCCUCUUUUCAAAGAUUAUCAUGGUCUAUUACAUAUAAAAAAAACACCGAUCUUAAAAACAUUGUCCCCUGAUGAACCUGAAACAACAGAUCUUGGCUUUAAAUUGCUAAGUAAAAAAUUUGUAAUAGAGGAACUUAAUCUACCACCCAUAUCAAAUAAUACCAAUGAACGUGAACAAGACGAAACAUCGGCUACUGGUAUUUGCUCAGCCGGUGGAAGGAAAAAUCUUUUAGAUUUUUGAUAUUUCCUUAUUGUUCAUUUUCAAAUUUAAUUUUUUAUAUUUAUAACGAUCCGGUAAAAGUAUAAACUACAAUCAAAAGAUUAUAAUUGAAUUCACACAAA